CGGCUCCGUGCGCAUCAUUGCGGGGCGACCGGGCAGCAUGUGCGCGCCGCCUGGGUGCCGGGAGCUCACCUGAGCCUGCUGCUCCUCGUCGCCCUGGGCUCCCUGUCCGCCCGUCCGCCCGUCCUCCGUGUCGCCUCCCCGGCGAGCGGCUAAGUCGCCAGCACCCUGCGCGCAGGGCCUCGGAUGCGGGGAAGCUUCCCCCGGGACAUGCGGGCCUCCUGGGACGCCCUAGGAGCCCUGCCAUGCCUGCGUGGACUUUGACAGUCUGAAUUUUAAGUUUUGGGAAUAGGAGGGUCUUUGCUUUUUUUUUUUUUUUUUAAGUGUUCUGAUUUUUUUUUUUUUUUUAACUGCUUCAUCUGUCUCCAAAGCGCUGAGCCCUUCCCUCUAGCUCCACAAAUCUCGGGCCAGUCUUCCGCCUCUAGGAUGGCUCCCUGGUCAUCAUGAACUUCGCUGUUCCGCGCUGGCUGGGAUUCCAACUGCCUGUCCGCGGCAGCCCAGCGUGGUGACCAUGCACCUGCCAGCCCGCGCCGCCCGCAGCCCCCCUCGCCGGCCGGCCUGGACGCUUGGCAUCUGGUCUCUGCUCUGGGGAUGUAUCGUCAGCUCUGCGUGGAGUUCCUCCAACCUAGCCUCCUCCUCCUGGUCCUCCUCGUCCUCCUCCUCCUCCUCGUCCUCGUCCUCCUUGUCCACGCCGGGGUCGCACUCUCAGCACGAGCACCAUUUCCAUGGCAGCAAGCAUCACUCAGUGCCUAUUUCUAUCCAUCGCUCCCCUGGCUCCCUCCGAGGAGGGCACGCUGGCGCCACGUACAUCUUUGGGAAGAGCGGGGGCCUGAUCCUCUACACCUGGCCGGCCAACGACAGGCCCAGCACGCGCUCUGACCGCCUGGCCGUCGGCUUCAGCACCACCGUGAAGGACGGCAUCUUGGUGCGGAUCGACAGUGCGCCGGGCCUGGGUGACUUCCUCCAGCUUCACAUAGAGCAGGGGAAGAUUGGGGUUGUCUUCAAUAUCGGCACGGUGGACAUCUCCAUCAAGGAGGAGAGAACGCCCGUGAACGACGGGAAGUACCACGUGGUGCGUUUCACCAGGAACGGCGGCAAUGCCACACUUCAGGUGGACAACUGGCCCGUGAAUGAGCACUAUCCCACAGGACGGCAGUUAACCAUCUUCAACACCCAGGCGCAAAUAGCCAUUGGUGGAAAGGACAGAGGACGCCUCUUCCAAGGCCAACUCUCGGGGCUCUAUUAUGAUGGUUUGAAAGUACUGAACAUGGCAGCUGAGAACAACCCCAAUAUUAAAAUCAAUGGAAGUGUCCGGCUGGUGGGAGAAGUCCCAUCAAUCCUGGGGACAACACGGACAACCUCCAUGCCACCGGAAAUGUCUACCACCGUCAUGGAGACCACCACUACCAUGGCGACCACUACAACUCGCAAGAAUCGCUCCACAGCCAGCAUCCAGCCAACAUCAGAUGAUCUUGUUUCAUCUGCUGAAUGUUCCAGCGACGAUGAAGACUUCGUUGAAUGUGAACCGAGUACAGGAGGUGAAUUAGUUACCCCUCUUCUUGUAGAAGAUCCUUUAGCCACCCCUCCUAUUGCUACUCGUGCACCUUCCAUUACACUCCCCCCUACCUUUCGCCCCUUCCUCACCAUUAUUGAGACCACCAAAGAUUCCUUGUCCAUGACCUCUGAGGCGGGGUUACCUUGCUUGUCGGACCAAGGCAGCGAUGGUUGUGAUGAUGAUGAUGAUGAUGAUGAUGAUGAUGAUGAUGAUGGCUUGGUGAUAUCUGGGUAUGGCUCAGGGGAAACCUUUGACUCUAACCUGCCCCCUACUGAUGAUGAAGAUUUUUACACCACCUUCUCCUUGGUAACAGAUAAGAGUCUUUCCACUUCAAUCUUCGAAGGUGGCUACAAAGCACAUGCACCCAAGUGGGAAUCCAAGGACUUUAGACCUAACAAAGUCUCCGAAACUAGUAGGACUACUGCCACAUCUUUGUCCCCUGAGCUCAUCCGCCACACAGCUUCCUCCUCGUCUGGGAUGGUGCCCAAAGUGCCUGCUGGCAAAAUGAAUAACCGUGAUCUCAAACCCCAGCCUGACCUAGUCUUGCUUCCGUUGCCCACUGCCUAUGAGCUAGACAGCACCAAACUGAAGAGCCCACUAAUCACUUCCCCCAUGUUCCGUCAUGUGCCCACAGCAAACCCCACGGAGCCGGGAGUCAGACGGGUCCCGGGGGCCUCAGAGGUGAUCCGGGAGUCGAGCAGCACGACAGGGAUGGUUGUCGGCAUCGUGGCUGCCGCCGCCCUCUGCAUCUUGAUCCUCCUGUACGCCAUGUACAAGUACAGGAACAGGGACGAGGGGUCCUACCAGGUGGACGAGACGAGGAACUACAUCAGCAACUCGGCCCAGAGCAACGGCACCCUGCUCAAGGAGAAGCAGCACAGCUCUAAGGGCGGCCACAAGAAGCAGAGAAACAAGGACAAAGAGUACUAUGUGUAACCACUGCAGCCGGAAACACACUUCUUCCUAUAGACCUCUCUAAAGACUUGGAAGAAAGGAAACAAAACAAAAGCAGAAAAAGGAGAUCUCUGCAGACGUCAGAACUGUUCUCACACAUGAGAUGCGGUACGUGCCAUGACCACGGAAGUGACAAUGGUGGGGAAAGAAAACCCUUUUUUUCUUUUUUCUUUUUUUGCAAAGGACACAUUCAAAGAUGCACCUUACCUACCAAGCUCAACCGUGGCUGCUUGGAGUGGGUUCUUUCCGCCCGGCUGAAUCACAGGUCGCCCUGCGCUCUGAAGCAAGCAGGUGGUGUUCCAGCUUUCUGCUCUUGAGGACCUUUCACCCAAGGUAGAGGACGUCAUGGCUUACUUAUUCCUAACUCCAAGUGAGUCUGUAACCAUGUUUGUGAAGCUUGACUGUAACAAUGUUUUUCUUUUUGUUUGUUUAAUUAUGUAAAAAGCAAAAAUGCACAAAAAAAAGAAAAAAGUUAAGAACAAAAAUAAUCAUCAUGAUAAGAAUGCCCUUCUCUGGUUCUGGCCAGUGUUGUGUAACUUUUCAAGAUCUGAGGGGAAAAAAAUAGCUUUUGAGUUUUUGCUUAUUUUUAGACUAAACGGAUAUAAGAAGAAGAAGGAAAAGCAAAAACUCAGAAAACAAAAGUAAGAGGCUAUUUAUUUGCCGUGUGAACUCAAAAGCUACCGUGGUGUUCACUCUGCAUAUCAGGUUGCGGUGUUCCUAGAAGUUGUUGUUUGUUUCCUGUAUGAGACUUUGCUGAACAUUUAGCAAGACCAUGUGGUGGGUGAGAACACUGAUUUGAAAAAACUGGUUCCCCAGCAUCUAAUUCCAGAAUUCGCCACCUAAACCCCAAGCGGAUGGGAUUAGCCAUUGGCUUUGUGUAAUGCUAUUCGUCCUGUUCAUUCACCCAGCCAAAUUGUGGUAAAGAAGAAAGCCCAACAAAACUAAAAAAAAAUUUUAAAAAGUAUUUUCCUAGGGACAGGGAGGAGGGGGUGGGCUAGAUGUGUGAUGAAUUGAAAUGCAUGCAAAUAUAAAGGAAUCAAAACAGACAAGAGGGCAGCUCCACUUCUGAUGCAGCCAAAAAGGUCAGACAAGCCAAACAUGGCCCCAGAGCGCAAAAUACUUGGUUCUGCCCCUGCCCUGCCCCCACCCCACCCAACAUGACGAUGUUUCUCAUCCUGUUUGAUUUUACGACCUGACACUCACGGAUAACUCUACCCUCCCACUUGCUCACCUCUCCCUUCACCCAUCUUUUUUAAAGAUAAAUAUUACAUGAAUAAAGCUGCUGUGACACACACACACACACAAAGGAAUUUAAUAGUAUAAUAUAUAUAAAUAUAUAUAUAUAUAUAUACAGAUAUAUUUAUCAAGGUAUGUCUGAUGGGAUGACUCAAACAGGACUCCUGUUAAGGUCUUGAAGUGGAAUGAGAAUGUUGUUUUAAGAGAAAAUAACAAAACAACAAAAAAGUAAACCUUAAAAAUGUGAAGAAAGUGUGAGUUUUAGUUUUGUCGCAGUUAACUGUGUCAAAGAGAAUAAAAAAAAAAUCUUCUCAGAUUUUGUUUACAUAUUUUACUACACUUUUGCUGGUAUAAAUCCUUAGCCACCUAUGUACAUACUGCUUUUAAAAAUAACUGUUCUAUGCUUUCUGUUUGUUUAUUUCAAUUUGUUUGAUAUAUAUAUAUAUAUGUAUAUAUGUACAUACAUACAUAUAUACAUAUAUAUAUAUAUAUCGUCUUUAUUUUUUGAAAAGGGGAAACAAUGUACAGAGAAACAAUGAACUGGUUGUGUGGCCAUAGGUAUCCAAAAACACAAGAGACAAAACUCAAGACCAAUAUUCACACAAAGACGAUGUGUACUCUUUGGAGGUCAGAUUUAUACAACUGUUUUUGUACAAAUGAAAAAAAAUCAAUCAGCUGUUUAGAUUUAAAAAAUCUACUCUUGCUGGUCUUUGUAAGUUGCAUGAAUAUUUGACUUUGAAAAAUCACCUUAAUGACAAUGGGGCAAAAAUAAUCAAAAUGUAAUCUGAACAAUGGUAGCCCUCACUACGGUAUGUGGAAAGAGACGUUCCUCAUUAUCUGAUACUUAAAUGUGUUAAGAGUUUGGAUUUUGUUGUUGUUGUUGUUGUCAUUUAAAAAAGAUGGGAUGAUAAACAGAUAUCAAAGCACGAUUAUAGAUAACGUAAAUGGCCCAACCUGUACGAAGGUGACGAUAUCUCGAUGUCUGUAAGAGAUUGCUGUUGUUGGAGUCUUGAGGUCUUGUGAGCUGACUUCCUGCUUUCUUUCUUUACAUUUUUCAUUUGGGUAAAAUACAUUUGUUACGUUCUUUUUAGUGUAAGUUUCUAUCUGGACAAUUUUAUGGGAACAUGUGCAUUCUGUAUGUGAACUUCUAUCAUAUUCCUGUUGUUUUACGAGCAGACAUCCUAAGGGAUUUAUUUUAUGAUGUUGCAAUGUUACUGCUUUUUUCUUUUUUUUUCUUAUUUAUUUCAUAUUUGCAUUUUCGUUCAAGGAUAUGCUUAGCAAUAAAAUGUUCUUCCCAGA